GGGAUUCAAGUUCAACAACAUCACUACUGUAACCAUUAGUUCUGGUGGAGAAUUGCUCUAAUAAUGUCGAUCUCACUCCACUCCUGCAAUGCUAAGAUUUUGCGCAACCAUGAAUUUCCCUCCCCGCACUCAUUCCAACUCGCGAAUCGCCACCAAUUCGUCGAUUUUCCUCCCAAAUACAGAUUAUCUGCCCUCGUCGAUCAAAAAAGGUCGCCAUAUUUCACGAUUUACAGCAAGAAAGAUGGGGACUCCGUAACCGAAGCGGAAGCUUUUUCCGAUUGGGGAAACACCGCCGAGGCUUUUACGUGCGUGAUGAAGUUCGGCGGCUCAUCGGUGGCGUCGGCGGAGAGGAUGAGAGAGGUUGCUUAUCUCAUCCAAUGUUUUCCCGAGGAGAAGCCGAUAGUUGUACUUUCCGCCAUGGGAAAGACCACUAACAAUCUAAUUUGCGCAGGAGAGAAGGCUGUGAGCUGCGGAUUCACGAACGUCUCGGAGAUAGAGGAGUUGAGCCUUAUCAAACAACUGCAUCUUAGAGCGGUGAAAGAGCUCGGAAUCGAUGCUUCUGUGAUUUCUGAACAACUGGAAGAAUUGGAGUUACUUUUGAAUGGGAUUGCUAGACUGAAGGAGCUGACGCUCCGGACUCGGGACAAACUCGUGUCGUUUGGAGAGUGCAUGUCUACGAGGGUUUUCGCGGCCUAUCUAAAUAGCAUUGACGUAAAAGCACAGCAAUAUGAUGCAUUUGACAUUGGAUUUGUCACAACGGAUGAUUUCACAAAUGCAGAGAUUUUGGAGGCAACCUAUCCUGCUGUUGCCGCUAAAUUACAUGGUGACUGGAUUAGCAAUAAAGCAAUUCCCGUAGUUACUGGCUUCCUCGGAAAGGGAUGCAAGUCUGGUGAAAUUACCGCCCUGGGUAGAGGUGGUAGUGACUUGACAGCUACUGUAAUUGGCAAAGCUUUGGGGUUACGAGAAAUUCAGGUCUGGAAGGAUGUCAAUGGUGUUCUCACCUGUGAUCCCAGUAUUCAUCCGUGUGCAAGACCUGUGCCUUAUUUGACAUUUGAAGAGGCUUCAGAGCUUGCUUAUUUUGGAGCUCAGGUGUUGCACCCACAAGCAAUGAGACCAGCUAUGGACAGCAAUAUUCCAGUUAGGGUUAAGAACUCUUACAAUCCUAAAGCCCCUGGUACUCUCAUCACUAAAGACAGAGACAUGACCAAGGCUCUACUUACUAGUAUAGUCCUAAAGCAGAACGUCACCAUGCUGGAUAUAGUUAGUACUCGAAUGUUGGGUCAGUUUGGGUUCCUGGCGAAGGUAUUUGCAAUAUUCGAAGAUCUGGAUAUCUCUGUGGAUGUUGUAGCAACUAGUGAAGUCAGUAUCUCUGUAACACUUGAUCCAUCAAAAAUUUGGAGCAGAGAACUAAUUAAGCAGGAACUUGACCAUGUGGUUGAAGAGCUCGGAAAAAUUGCUGUUGUAAAACUUCUGCCGCAUAGAUCAAUUAUCUCCCUCAUUGGCAACGUCCAGUAUUCUUCUUUAAUAUUGGAAAAGGCCUUCAGUGUCUUUAGGAGACAGAACGUGAACGUCCAGAUGAUCUCGCAAGGAGCUUCCAAGGUGAACAUGUCCCUCAUAGUGAAUGAUAGUGAAGCGGAAGAGUGUGUAAAGGCCCUUCACUACUCCUUCUUCGAGAGCGGCGAAAUGGAGUUGGGUGCUGCACUCAGCAACGGUAAGGCUGAGGCCGUUACAGCAAGUUAUUGAUUGUUAUUACUUUCUUGUAUAAUGAGUAUUGAGUAUUUGGUUUUGCUCUCAAGAAAGGGAAAUGGAGUAUUAUAUUUAUAUGCGCCAGUUUGGGCGACAUCACUGGAACGGGAAGCUUUAAUUUGUUUCAACUCAAUAUUAUAGAGAUAUGCUCAUUUUUUA